AUGGCAAAUUUAUCAUUUUCUGGAAGGAUAAAUGGGUUCCUCAGUCCCAUGAUUUUCAAGUUCUUAAUCCUCAGCCACAGGACUGCCACGUUCAAAGGGUCAGCAAGGCCUGUGUGGUUUGGGUGUGAUCUCGGCUACUUAUUGAGGUUCAUUUCUUCCUCUCCUGCAACACAGUGGACUCAGGCAGUUCUCAAAAGUUGUCCUAAUGAUCGGCAUCGCAGAGAGCGUUUGGGCGAGGCUGCCACGAUUGGAUGGUGUCUGUGGAAGGCUCAUAAUGAGUGGGUUUUCAAUCAAUUUGAAGUGAACCCAAUGCAGGUUAUCAGACAGGCUUCUUUUCUCAGAAGGGAGGGCUGCUCGGUGGUCGCUUUGGCAGAUUCUUCUCCUGUAUCUGUUAAUUCAGCGGUCCAAAUUUGCAAUAGAUGGACUCCUCCUCCUCACGGUAUGUUUAAAGUGAAUUGUGACACUAGCUUUGCCUCCAAAGGCAAGAAGACUUCCUUGGCAGUGAUUUUGCAAGAUUGGAAAGGUCACCUUAUUGAUGGUGUUGUCUCCAUAGUUCACACAUCUUCAGUUACUCAAGGCGAAGCUCGCGCUAUCUGGUUAGCGUGUAUGUUUCUCCAGGCUCUUGGACUCUCAAAUUUCCAGGUGGAAAGUGAUUGCAAAUCAGUAAUUGACUUAUGUGUUUCUGAACUGGUUCCUCCAUGGGAGUGCCUUGCAUACUUAUCUGACAUUCGGUCCACGGGCCAAGCUUCCUCAUUUUCCUUCUCCUGGGUGCCUAGAGCUGCUAAUUCUGUGGCCCAUUGGCUUGCCUCCUCAAGGAUACAGGAUGCUCUCCCUUUAGAUUGGAUUAGGAAUCCUCCUAUGUAUUUAAGGAACUUGCUAGUUUCUGAUUCUCUUGUUGCUUGA